CCAUUAGCGGCCUCAGCUGUCAACCACCAUGUCCCGGCUGAUGAUUACUCCCCGGCACCUGGUGAUCACCAAGUACUAAAGUCGGGAGGAGAGAACUGUAUGUAAAUAAUACAGUUCUCUCCCCUGUCAGCUCCAGUUCACUGCUUUGCAUGGCUUUGCAUAGCAGAGCCAGUGGAAAGCACAGACACAGCCCCAUAGUGAAACACACACAGCACACAGUUAACUCUUUGAUUGCCCCAGAUGUUAACCCCCUUCCUGCCCAGUGCCAUUAGUUCAAUGUCAGUGCUUUUUAUUAGCACUGAUCACUGUAUUGGUGCCACUGGGGAUGUCAGUGACACCACGUCAGUUCCCCCCAGUGUCAGAAUGCCUGCCAUAGUCCCACAGUCCUGCUAUAAGUUGCUG